AUGGCAUCCCCGCGCCUCGGCACCUUCUGCUGCCCCACGCGGGACGCCGCCACGCAGCUCGCGCUGGGCUUCCAGCCGCGGGCCUUCCACGCUCUGUGCCUGGGCAGCGGCGCGCUCCGCCUGGCGCUCGGCCUCCUGCUGCUGCGUCCCAGGCGCUGGCCCGCGGGCCCCGGGGUCGACUUGGCCCUGCCGCGGACCUCUGCCCGCGGCCCCGCCUCCGUGCGCAUCGUGCGCGCCGCCACCGCUUGCGACCUGCUCGGCUGCCUGGGUAUCGCGGUCCGGUCUGCGGUGUGGUUAGGGUUUCCGAGUUUCGUGGACGACAUCUCCGCCGUGAACAGGACAGACGUGUGGCCAGCCGUCUUCUGCAUCGGGAGUGCACUCUGGAUCCAGCUACUGUACAGCGCUUGCUUCUGGUGGUUGUUCUGCUAUGCGGUGGACGCCUACCUGGUGAUCCGGAGGUCGGCGGGACAGAGCACCAUCCUGCUGUACCACCUGAUGGCCUGGGGCCUGGCCGCCCUGCUGAGCAUGGAGGGAGCCCUCAUGCUAUACUAUCCUUCCUUGACCAGGUGCGAGAGGGGCCUGGAGCACACCAUCCCCCACUACAUCACCACGUACUUGCCGCUGCUACUGGUCCUCGUGGGCAACCCCAUCCUAUUCCGAAAGACGGUGACUGCAGUGGCCUCCUUACUGAAGGGAAGACAAGGCAUUUACACGGAGAACGAGAGACGCCUGGGAGCCGUGAUCAAGACCCGAUUCUUCAAAAUAAUGCUGGUUUUCAUCGUCUGCUGGUUCUCAAAUGUCAUCAAUGAAUGCCUUUUGCUCUAUCUUGAAAUGCAACCAGAUAUCAACGGUAGCUCCUUGAAACAGAUCAGAAAUGCAGCCAAGACCACAUGGUUCAUGAUGGGGAUCCUGAAUCCAGCCCAAGGUUUCCUCUUGUCCCUGGCCUUCUACGGCUGGACGGGCUGCCGCCUGACGCUUCCCGGUCCCAGCAAGGAGAUCCCAUGGGACUCGAUGACCACCUCGGCCGCCGAGGGGGCUCCCCCGUCCCCCGGGGGUCCCCGCAAACCCGGGGAAGGCCCCACUCCCAAGAACGAGCUGCCAGGCGGUGUGCACACUUCUGACGAGGCCUUGAGCCUGCUGUCUGAAGGUUCCGACGGCAGCACCAUCGAAAUCCACGUAGCAAGUGAGUCCCGCGGCGGCAAGGCGGCGGACUCUGUUCCGCAAGUCCGAGGAGACCCGUAG